AUGCCGCCAACACCACCCCCACCUCCACCGCCCGCCGACCUGCAGGAGCAGCAGCAGGAGCUCCUCGACUCCGCCACCCACCCGCUUCCACGUUUCAUUCUCUAUGCGCAGACGCACCACAAGCCCGGCCCGGAGCCGCAGGAGCCGGUCUCGCUGCUGCCGCUACUCACGCACUGCACGGGCGUCACACACAUCAUCAUCGCGGCGAUCCACCUGAACGACGGGCCGGGCAACAUUACACUGAACGACCACCGGCCCGACCACAGUCGGUUCGACACGCUGUGGGCCGAGGUGCGGCAGCUGCAGGAUGCGGGCGUGAAGGUCAUGGGCAUGCUGGGCGGCGCAGCGAAGGGGAGCUACUGGCGGCUGCAAGGGAGUGCGGAAGAGUUCGAGGCCUACUACACCCCGCUCCGCGACCUGGUCCGCCACCACCACCUCGACGGACUCGACCUCGACGUCGAAGAAGCCAUCGAGCUGCCGACCAUCCUGCGGCUGCUCACGCGACUGCGCGCCGACUUCGGCCCCUCCUUCAUCACGACGCUGGCGCCCGUCUCGACGGCGCUGAUCCCGGACAUGCAGCUGCCGCCGUUCGAGUACGUGCCGCUCGAUCCCUCGACCGGCGCGCCCACGGCCGGCGCCCCGCCGCUCACCAUCCCCCGCAGCCUGCCGCACCUCAGCGGCUUCAACCACUUCGCCCUCGAGGCUGGCCACGGCGGGCUGGUCUCGUGGUACAACACGCAGUUCUACAACGGCUGGGGCGACGCCAGCAACCCGGCGCUGUGGGAGGCCAUCGCCGCCGCCGGCUGGGCCCCGCGCAAGCUCGUGCUCGGCGUGCUGACGAACCAGGGUAAUGGUGGCAGCGGCUACGUCGCGACGGGCGUGCUGGAGGCCGUGGUGAGGGAGCUGCGCGCGAAGUAUCCCCCGCCGGCGGCCGCGACGCCGCAGGGGGUGGGCAGCGGCGCGAAUAGGACGUUUGCCGGCGUGAUGGGGUGGGAGUACUUCAAUGCCGGGGGCACUGAUGGGUUUAAGCCGUGGGAAUGGGCGAAGCGGAUUGGGCGUGCGGCGAGAUCGUCCACGGUUGAACCUUGGGGCGCGCAGAGCGGGAGUGGGCUGGCGGGAGCGGGGGCGGGGGCGGAGCCGCCGGUGCCCUGGCCGGAGCAGGUCAAGCAGCUGAUGGAGCUGGGAUUCGCGAGGCCGAAUGCCGUGGCUGCUUUGAAUGCGACGGAUGGGAACGUGGAGAUGGCGGCGGGGUUGCUGUUUGAGCAAUAG